UGCAAAAAUGGUUUAUCGUAAUUAUGCUCAAAAGCAUUGUUUAGUAACAUAUGUUCCUUUAUUUUUUAAAUAUUUUAAUUUUUUACCCAUUUUUGAGAUAAUUAUUACAAUUUUGAAUAAAAGUUAAACAAUUAAAUGGAUUUUUCGGACUUUUUAGUACGCAAGUGCCCUGAGACGGCCAUGUAUAUACCAAACUUUAUCACAUCUGAAGAGGAGCAAAUUAUACUGUCCCACAUUGAAAGAACACCCAAACCGAAGUGGACACAAUUGUUAAAUCGUCGUCUUAUUAACUAUGGUGGUAUUCCGCAUGUGAACGGCAUGCUCGCAGAAGAGAUACCCAUUUGGCUGCAGACUUAUGUUGAAAAAAUCAAUAAUUUGAAUAUAUUUGAAACUCAAAAAGCUAAUCAUGUUUUGGUCAAUGAGUAUAGGCCUGGACAGGGCAUAAUGCCGCAUACAGACGGUCCUUUGUUUUUUCCCACCAUAUCUACUAUUUCGUUAGGAUCGCACACUAUACUUGAAUUCUCUAAGCGUGACGUGGAUGAGAAGGAUGCAAAUUCGGCUGUAACGAUUGAUCCAGACAGACGUAAAAUUUUAUUUAAAUUAAUACUGGAACCGCGUAGUCUCCUCAUUUUGAAGGAUUCAUUGUACAGUGAUUAUUUGCACUCCAUUAGCGAAGUUAAGGAAGAUACAUUAUGUGAUCGGAUUUGCAAUUAUGAAAAUUGCGAAAGUACCUAUAAAAUGGGUGAUUGCCUAAAACGCAGUACACGCAUUUCGCUUACCAUACGUAAUGUUCCCAAAACUACCAAAAUGAAAUUAAAAUUUUUUUAAUUACUCAAGUAACUUUACACUCUUGGUAUUGGUGGUAGGCAACUUUUCGAAGUGCCUACUAAGCGACUGGAAACAUGCAUUUGACAGGUAAUCACUUCAACCUGUUUGAAUGAAUUCCUGUGCCAAAGUUGUGUUUCGAUUUGGAAAUAAUCGUUAAGCCAAUGUUCCUUUUAUUGUUCAAGGAUUUCGACUGCAGUAGAAACAUUCCACCAUGUUUGCGAAAUAUUUUACAUAUCAAACGAAUUGUUUAAAUAAGAUGCACAAAAAUCUGGGAAAUUAGUACAGUUCACG